CAGACGAGGCACCGGAGCCACUAUCCCAGCAGAGCUACAGCGCAGGCCGUCUUCCUUAGCCUUCCAAAAGCCUAAACCUUAAGAUGCAGGUCCACCAGGCUGUGUUUGGAGCCGCCGUGCUCGGUAUGCUGUUGGCCAUCGGAGGCUCUCUGCCCGUUUUGGAUGUUAGCUCUGGCAUUGACAACGCCACCAUCGAGGAGCUGAGGGCCAGCGUCAACGAUAGCCCUAAGAAUCUCUACGUGGUCAAGGCGGUGGUCUAUGAGAUUGGCAUUCUGACGGAGGUGGGCGAAAAUGACACCAGUUUCGAGAGCCAAGAGCGCGUGGACCUGACCUUCUAUGACACGCACAGCAACAAGAGUCACAUUGACCUGGGUAACAUUCCACUGCCCAUCCAGACAAACGUUACAGGACAAGUCCUGACCGGAAUUGCACCCGUGAAUCUGGGAGCUUUUAGCAGCCCUCAGGAACUUCUGGAGACCCUGCCCCUGACUGGAAGCAUUGUGAACAUCACGCACAGUGACACCGCCUUCUAUCAACUGAGCAGAUCCAAUACCAGUGCCGCGGAUAAGCCACAGAUCCUGGAUCAGGAUGCGCUGUCCAAGCUUACACAUGCCGCUCAGCUGUUCCCACCGUCAUCGCAAAUUGGCCAGUCCGUGCCAAUAAAUCCAGUCACCGAUAAUGAGGUGGCACAGACGGAGCCCGAGGAUUAGGCUUUCCCUGUCGGAAUCUCAUCGUGAUGCAGUGCGUUGCUCUUCAUACAACCUAUCAAUACGUAUACUCUAGAUCUACUUAGUUUUAUGGCUUCACACACUUAAGUACCUACAGUGCUAGAAAAGACUGGACGAGGACAAAAGAUCAGCACAAUUGCCUUGGUCACAUCACAAGGUUGGAAUUUCACUUUUCUAUUGUAAAGUAAAAAUAAAUUUUGCAUUAGUGCUAGGUAAA